AUGGCGAGACGAAAGAAUCCACAUCCGCAGCGCGCGGUGAACGUAAAGACGGUGGUUGUGGGUGAUGACGAAGAAGAAGAACCGGUGUUGUGUUUGCAAAUACCACCUGACGAUGAUGAUGAUGAUGUUGUUGUUGUUGUUGAUGACGAUGACGAUGACGAUGAUGAUGAUGAUGAUGAUGAUGAUGAGAUGGACGAACAGACACGAAAAGAAGAAACUACUUUUAGGAAAGGAUCGAAGAGAAAGAGAACGCAACACGAGUGCGGCGUUUGCGAGAAGAGUUUUAGCACAGAUAACGAGAAACCGUACGAGUGUGAUGUGUGCGAGAAGUGUUUUACUACAGCUGGUAAUUUGAAAAAACACAAGCGUAUUCACACGAACGAGAAACCGUACGAGUGCGAAGUGUGCGAGAAGCGUUUUAGUGAAUCUGGUAGUUUGAAAACCCACAUGCGUAUUCACACGAAAGAAAGACCGUACGAGUGUGAUGUUUGUGAUAAAGCUUUUCGUCAAUAUGGUCAUUUGCAAAGCCACAUGCGCACUCAACAUUAG